GGUCUUCCCCUUCCCCGGCCCUGCCCGCGUGCUCUCAAGCAGGGCUGCCUGCCGCAGGAAAGUGUUUGUGGGGUAGCUCUUGGGCGGCGGACUCGCAGGCGGAAGUUGCUUUCCUGGCGGAGAGGGCUGUGGGGGAGGAGCCGUCCGAGGGAACGUGGGUUGAACGUUACGGUUAGAUGGUGGGGACCUCAAGCUGGAAGAGGAGUUCGGGUCCACUGUAUGCGAAGAAGGAGCGUACUUCGGGAGGGAUGUACUGAGCUGUUUGGGCGGACUUCCUACAAUCAGAUUGGAUUAAAUAGGUGGUUUGAAGCGGAGCUGUCAUUUUGACAGUGAUAUGAAUGGAAAGAGAGACAAGUUCGAAACAUUUCCAAAGCCUCGUUCACGAGUUUAGAUGGCGCCUACUGUGCAAACAUGGGAGAUGAGAGGUUCAUUGAAAAAUCCUUAGUGAUUUUGACAUGUUCCAAGUGACAUAAAUUAGCCAAUGACUCGGAAUGACGGAUGAUUCUCUGAAGAUUGGAAAUGGUUUGCCACUGGUUGGACCAGGGACUGAUGUAGGGAUAUCUUCACUCCCCAUGCUGGGGUACUUGGGAAAAAAUUAUGCUUCAGCUAAAGUCACAACAGACGGGCAUUGCCCUGCUUGUAGAGCGAAAGGCAAGCUAAGUGCCUUAAAACCUUACCGCAUUAGCUUCCAAGAAUCUGUCUUUCUGUGUGAGGAUCUUCAGUGCAUUUAUCCUUUGGGCUCUGAGUCACUUACUAAUUUAAUUUCUCCUGAUUCAGAAGAUUGUCCCACUCCAAGUAAGCCUCAAAAACGAAAAAGAUUGGAAACCAACUGUAGGAAUUCACCUCUUCCAGUACAUUCUAAAAAGACUAGAAGUCACAUUGUCACUGAUAGUGAACCAAUUGUGAAUGGUAAAUAUAAUGGAGAAGUGUGUGAUGACUUCUCAGCAAGCUUCCCAGAUACCAGUGCUCACCAGGAUCCUGCCAGCACAGCUGCUUCUGUGGAGCAGAGUGAGGCUUUGGAGGCUGAUGAUGUGGUUGUGGCCGCUACAGAAGAUCCUGCUACAGUUAGUGUCACAUCUGAGCUGGAAAUGCCAGCUAAGAGCAGAUGUUUACCACUUUGCCAGACUCUGUGUGUCCAGUGGAAAAACACCCAGGCCCUGUGCUGGUUAGACUGUAUCCUGUCAGCCCUGGUGCACUUGGAGGUGUUGAGGAAGACUGUGCUGGAGGCGUGCUCCAGGGAGGAGUGUGUAUUUGGAAGGCUGUUUGAAAUGUACCACCAAGCAGAUGAGCUGCUGCACACCCAUCACCUGCAUGGCGUCACAGGUGAAGAUUGUAAAAAAUUGACAUCAGAAAUAUUUACAGAAAUAGAUACCUGUUUGAAUAAAGUUAGAGAUGAAAUUUUUGCUAAACUUCAACCGAAGCUUAGAUGCACAUUAGGUGACAUGGAAAGUCCUGUGUUUGCACUUCCUGUACUGUUAAAGCUUGAACCCCAUGUUGAAAGCCUCUUUACAUAUUCUUUUUCUUGGAAUUUUGAAUGUUCCCAUUGUGGACACCAGUACCAAAACAGGUGUGUGAAGAGUCUGGUCACCUUUACCAAUAUUGUUCCUGAGUGGCAUCCACUCAAUGCUGCCCAUUUUGGUCCAUGUAACAGCUGCAACAGUAAAUCACAAAUAAGAAAAAUGGUGUUGGAAAGAGCGUCGCCCAUACUCAUGCUGCACUUCGUGGAGGGCUUACCAAGGAGGGAUUUGCAACACUAUGCCUUCCACUUUGAAGGAAGCCUUUAUCAAGUCACGUCGGUAAUACAGUACCAAGCAAAUAACCAUUUUAUAACAUGGUUUUUAGAUGCUGAUGGGAGUUGGCUGGAGUGUGAUGACCUAAAGGGUCCCUGUGCUAAAAGGCACGUGACCUGUGAAGUGCCAGCUUCAGAGACACAUAUCGUUAUUUGGGAAAGAAAAUCCCAGGUGCCAAUUGAAGAAGCUGCCUGCCUUCCAUGCAUGAAGCCAAAUGUGCAGCCUGUAUCAGGUGAGGAGCAGCCGACUUGUCCAGCACUGUGUUCUCUGGCUGGGACCGCCACCUCAGAACCCUCAGUCGCCCAUCCCACAUCUAUGGCAGGCGCUCCUCAGACUCUUCCAGAAAUCCAAGCUGUAGCUCAUGGAGAUAGUGUACUUUCAGGAGCAAAAGGCAUGGUCGACAGCAUUUUACCCUCAGCACUUGAAGAAACCAUCCAGGAAACUGCCUCUGUUUCUCAGGUUGACUCCAAAGAUUGCCUGUUGGAAGACAAACCCGUGGCAGGAAGUGCAGCACUGGUCAGAGUACUUGCUUUUCAGCCACAGGACUCCCCGGGGUCUUCGGGGUCUUCCUUAGUGUCCAGCCUGUGUGAAGGAAAGCUAGUUGCCCCAUGUGUGGAUUCAAGUUUCCCAUCCCAAGCUGUGAGCACAGACCUGCAGGCAGUACUGUCCCAGGCAGGGGACACUGUGGUUCCUAACCCUGUGACUGAUGCCCCUGUUCCUGUUCUUGUUCAGGAAUUGAAGUCCCUGGCAACUGAGAAGGACUCUCAGACACAGUUGCUGCCACUGAAAACUGAGAAGUUAGAUCCUGAGCAACCUGGUAAAUCUCAGGCAUCUAAUUUGAGAAAACGAGAAACCACAGCGUCUUCUAAAACAGUAGCAGCCAGGUCAGCACAGAAUCAGCCUCGGAAAGAAGAUCAGAAGAGAGCCUUCGUGGGAAGUUGGGUGAAGGGGCUAUUGAGCAGGGGUGGUGCUUUUAUGCCAACCUGUGUUUUGUCUCAGAGUAGAGCAGUAAGUGACCUGCAACCUUCUGUUAAAGGAGCCAGUAAUUUUGAUGGCUUUAAAACGAAAAGUAUAAGCCGCAGGUCUAAAAGAAUGUCCAGGAAAGCUAAGCACAUGGAGGAACUGUCUCCAAGGAACAGCUCUCCACCAUUGAGCUGGACAGCUGCUCUGACCCAGGCUGCUGAGAACGCCACCUCAGCUCUGUUGAGGGAGCAGGAAGGCUCACGUCCAGCUCCCCUCAGGCACAGAUCUCCUGGCAAUGAAAGCGCCAUCUCUCCAGCAAGCCGUGGAGAUGCGGCUGAAGAUCAGGUUCAUAAGCUUCGGCUCAAACUUCUUAAAAAAUUAAAGGCAAAAAAGAAGAAACUAGCUGCCCUCAUUUCUUCCCCGCACCGUGAACCAUCUCUAAGUGACCACUCAGAGCCUGCGUCCCAUUGUGGAACACCUGCAAGUGACCAGUCAGAGCCUGUAUCCCAUUGUGGAUCUCCAAAUGACUGUGAGUCCAUAGAAGAUCUGUUAAAAGAGCUACAGCAUCAAAUUGACCUUGCAGACAGCAAAUCUGGGUGCACCUCUGCUCCUGAUGCCACCUCAAAUAACAGCCAGAGUCAUGAGGAGAUUUUAGCAGAGUUGCUGUCGCCUACAGCCAUGUCAGAGCCCUCAGAAAGUGGGGAGCUUGAGUUGAGGUACUUGGAAAUGGGGGACAGCACCCCAGCACAAGCACCUAGUGAAUUCAGUGUUGUCUCCCAGAACACAUGUCUGAAACAGGACCAUGAUUACUGCAGCCCUGAGAAAGGCCAGCGGGAAGUUGAUCUGCAUUCAGUCAUGGACAGUGCCUGUAUAAGAACCUUGAACUUGGGGAGUCCCAUGAAGACUGAUAUCUUUGAUGAUUUUUUUUCCACCUCAGCACUGAAUUCUUUAACAAACGACACAUUAGACAUACCUCAUUUUGAUGACUCUCUGUUUGAGAAUUGCUGAGUGCGUGCUAGUGUUUUAGUUAAAUACUGACCACUGCUGCUAGGAGGCUGUGCCUCUUGGGUAGUAUUGGCUGAAAUGCAUAGCCUUGUGUUCUAGCCAUGGGAAGCUGUGAGCUACUGGAGUCUGCCUGUGAGACAUGAGAUCUACUGCAAAUUAAAGACCUCCGCCCAGUU